CACUUCCUUUUCUACCCAUGUGUUCUUCCCCAUCUUCACAGUAGACAGAAGGCUGAUACCUCUGUGUCAGGCAGGCAUGAAGGCAGUUGCUGUAACUUUCUGUGUCCUCUGCUUCCAGUUUGAAGCCCUGUACGGAGUUGACAGCUGCUCAUCAUGCCUGUGCAAAAAUAUAGAUCAGCCCCAUGUCUCUGAUCCCCAGGUGAUGGUGGAAUUUGAAAAUGGAAACUUCAAUUUCACAUUCCCCAACCCCAAAAAUGUGAGCGAGUUCAGCAUGACCCUCUUCAAAGGGAGUGAAAAGAAGAAAAUCUGUGCACUCCAUUUGAGCGAAGAGAGAGUUAUCGCCAAGAGUAAUGUCAGCUAUUGUCAGACACAGAAUUCAAGAAGCAGCACCACUUUCAUUCUUAAAAAUCUGGAAAAAAAAGAUAUUGACAUUUAUACCUACUGCCUGGAGAUAUUCUUACCCCCUCCUUACAUAGAUUGCUGUCUAAGAGAAACCUAUUUGUACAUCCAAGAUAAGGAGGACUGCUUUUCACUAGGACUUGUGUCAUGGAUAAUUAUUGGCCUGAUCAUUUUUGCCAUUUCCUGUGUCUUCUGUGUUGUAGCCUGUUGCUUAAGGAACAAGAAUCAGAACUCCAACUCCCAUGAGUACAACAGUGAAUACAUGCCCAUGGCAGCAGUGAAUGCAGCUAAAAAACCAAGAAUCUGAGGUUGUGUUAAGUCUAGUUGUACUUGUACCUCUACUUGUGUCUGUUACAAGGCUUUCUCUGGGAGGGAAAGAACUGCUUGUUGUCUCUGCCAUUGAUUCUGGGUGGGUGGGUGACUGGGUGGGACUGUUACAAUAGCUUCUUAAUGGAGUUCAUGUUGCCACGUUGCAGGAAGACAAAAUUAAAAGCAAAAUCUCUGGAAACCUAUUGAGUCAUAACGGUGGGCUGUUUCCUAGAAAUGCCACCGCUUCACAUCUGUGCAAAGUACUGAUCUUAUGCAUGAGGAAGAGGUAUAAAACUGUUCUGUUCAGAUUCUUGAGAUGAUGCAUGGCACGCAAAAUCUCUGUGGUGAAGCGAUUCACUAGAUUUACUGAGUGUUACUGGCUAAGGGCAAAUAUUCUGCAGAGAACGAGGAACUUCCUAACUACUUAAGCCCUACAGAAGCUACUACAGAAGCAGAUUUGGAUACAGAACAGAAGCAGAAUUUGGACUGAUUCAGACAUAUGGUCUCCAUUACUAUUCUAGGUAUAAGUUGCUUGUGGUGUGAAAAUUUUGGAAGCGGAGUUUUCCAGCUACUAGAACCUGGACAAUGGGAAAUCAGCAUUUCUCCACCUUUCCCAACCUCCCUUAGCUCUUGUGAUGGCCCUGUACUCAGUCAUGUGACACCCACUGUAGUACUGUUCUGAGUUGUGUUUUGCUCUAGCCUUGUUCGUGAACUGGCACCCUGCCUGAUCCACUGACUCGGACAUGAAAUGAUAACAAUGUGUUAAAGAUGUCAGCUUUUAGUUGAAGAAAAUGUUAGAUUCCUGUAGUGCUGCUACAGAGAGAACUUCUAUUUUCUAGUCUCCUUUAUGAUAAACUUUCCACUGAGAACAACAAAAAAAUACUACCUCCAAAGCCAAUCCUUUGGUACAGCCAUACUGCCAUGUAUUGCACAUGCCCUUUUGUUAGGGUUAGUUUAGCAGGGGAACAAAACCUGAGAGAGUAUAGCAGAGACUUCUCUGUGACACACUACCUCAGGUUAUGUGCAUCUGCAUUUUUCAUAUUUGUGGUAUCAACACAUCUUUGCCAUUCACAUUUUGGGGCUCCUCUUAUUUAACUAAAUCCUGAAUGUUUUUACUAACAGAGGAAUAUAUUACAAGAUGAAUAUAUUGUAAGACUGCAAUUGCUCCUUAGCUCAGUUCAAACUUACAAGAUGUGUCCCUAAACUAGGAGGCACGAUCUCUCCUGUUGAUGUCUUGCAGCACAAACACAACACAGUCCUAUGGCCAGUAUAUUCAUGGACUCUGCAUUGCAAUUACCUUCCUCUUGUGGUUUGAUAUGAGACCUUUACAACUUCCCCAGUGGGUUUAAUGUUUACUUGACCUGCCUCAAAUUGCUCAGAACCUUCAGUAUGAACGAAAUGAUCAAUCCUUCAUGCUCCAUGUGAAAUCCAUCAAAACUCUGACCAUAAAUGACCAGCUAUGAAUCCAGCCUGCACAUCUUGCCAGAGACCUUUGGGCUGCUGGAACCAGAGCAGUACAAUGAUUCUGAACCUCUUUGUAAUACUUUAAAAUACCCAAAUAUUGGUCAGAGGACACUACUGAGAAAGAUACAUGGCCUGCUUGUCUGGAAAACAGAAGGCUGGUUUCAAAUUUGAUGGGGCAAAUGGGGACAAGGAGGAAAUAAGCUGGUACAUCAAGAACAGGGUUCUCCUCAAGAAACACCCGGACACCCUGAAGUACUGCAGAUAGAAGGUGCAAACUGCUAACUGUGACAUUAAGCAAAGGAAGAUGAGUAAAGCACCAAAUGUGGUGGGGAUUGCCAAUUGCACAGCCCUGCUCGGAUAACCAGCUCCUAGGCAGAGAUGGAGAGGGGAACCCUGGUGUGUUGGGUCACAUUACAUUCUCUCCCACCAUUCUUUGACAAAUUACCUGACCUCCCCAGCAAACUAAGCAUGCCUCUGUACAUCCAUAAAUACAUUGAUCUCACCAUUUUAAAAAAAAAUUCAUGAAAUUAUUGUGUUUGAAAAUUAUUGGUGAAUAUAUCUAACAUCUACUACCUAUGAGAAGAACUGGAUGCAAGAUCCUAUGUAAGAGUGGAGAGUCCUAUCCCCUAGAAUUUUUCACCAGACUGAGAAGGAAAUUCAAGAAAUUAAGAGUUUCUGAAAGAAGGAAAAACUUGAGGUUUGCCUUGGGGUGCUGCUGGAUAAAGGACAAAUGAUGAAGGUCUGAACAAGGCAGUUCAAAAUACAUACAUCCUGCACUGGAGAGAUAAAUGAUUUAUACUCAUUAUAACAAAGCUUGUGGAAGUCUCGGGUUCCAUUACUCCUUUCUUUUUGGAAAAAGAUAUAUUUUUUCUUAAUAAAACUUUUUUUUAUAAUGCUA